CCUUUGCGUGGGCGUAGGAAACGUCGACUGCUUCCUCAUCGGUUCGACUUCAACACACUCAUAAUGAUCAGCGCAAUAUUUCGCAAUGCUCAGGACGUCCGUAUCGCUCGCAUACCUAUUGGCCCUCCCCCUGCCACCGUUCGCUUGGACGACGUUUAUCUCGUCCUAUCGACUCUCACCAACACACCUGUCAGCAACUUCAAAGACCAGUACAACAUCCGUGUCACUGCUACAGGGGAAACCUUACCCGCCGGUUGCCAGGCCAUAACGGCAGGAAAAUAUCAAGUUCUUCCGAAGGCUGAUGCCGUGGACCUUACGGAGGCAGCCCCCGGCGCUGGUUUGUUUCCGCCCCGCAGUUCUUCGAAGCCUGGAUCUAGGACGCCCUCUCGAUCAGGAAGCUCGGAGAGUCUCACCUUGGAGACGACUGCCGCCGCCGAAGUGAAGAGGUACGCUCGCUUCACAAUGUCGCUGGCACUGAGAGACCGACGAUGCAUUGUGACGGGCAAAAUGGACCCAUACAUCCUUGUUGGCGCGCACAUUAUCCCCCACACAUGGAAAAACCGCGAGUAUAUUGGCCUCCCGCCCCACAUAAGGGACGCCUUGGAUGACCGCGGGGUGGACCACAUCUCAAACGGGGCCCUCAUGGAAGGAGGCAUCCACACGUCAUUCGACUUUCAACACUGGUCAGUCGUAGAGGAGGGUGAUGGCAAAUGGCGUAUCAUCAGAAUUACGCCGUCCGCUCCAGAAGAGAUCAUUGGGAAAUAUCUUAUCACGCCCGACGCAGGGGGGCCAAGCGAUGGCAUGUCCUACCCCGAUCUUUUCAUCGAUCCGAUAUUCCUGCGAUUCCAUUUCAGGACUGCCGUCUUCCGGCACAUGCAAGCUGCCGGCGACGAUGACGAUCACCCCUUCGACGAUGGUGAGGACAAGCUGAUGAAGGAUGUCAUCAAGGUGUGGGGAAACGACCAGCGGUUCAACUUGUUUGUGGAGUCCGGAGGGAAUAUCGCAGAGGCAACUGAGUAGAGGUUUUUUGGGAGGGCCCAUGUAGCGAUUCGCAAUACCCUUCGCCGGCAGCGGCCGAGGUCGGGUUUCAUCGCGGUGAGUCUAAGACCAUAUAGGUGUGGGCCCAUUAGGUAACGGCCCCUGCCCCAUCUCAUUACACUCGGUGAGCGGCUCCUGAAAAGACGUGGGAAAGACUUGGGAAAUGGCGGCCGGACGACCACCUUCGCAAUUUGGUAGGGUUAUGGCGUUAGGGUUAGCGUUAGGGAUAGCGUUAGGGUACAUUACGCCCUUAUGAACCUUUAGCGUAGACCGUAGAAUAUGGACAGAGAGCGCUUAUACAU